CUGAGGCUCCACGUUCUCCUAUCAGAAGGGAGGCCCAAUCACUGCUCACCACGACCAGGCUGAACUUACUAGGAACUAGUUGAAGUGGCCCCGGACUGUGGGCUAUUAGUGUACGGAUUCGGAAUCACAGCCUGCGUGUGGUGUGUACAGCACUCUCCUCCAGCAUGGUGUCACCCGGCGCCUGUGCACAGAAGCUGCUGUCUUUCUUCCCUUUCCUGCUUGUACUGUUUGAUCUCCAAUAUGAAGGGGUGACUUGUGGGAGUAAUGUGGAUGUGGACAAGCAUCUUGAAAUGGGAAAGAAAUUACUAGCAGCUGGCCAGCUUGCAGAUGCCUUAUCUCAUUUUCAUUCAGCUAUUGAUGGAGAUCCAGAUAACUACCUGGCAUAUUACAGAAGAGCCACUACGUUCCUGGCCAUGGGCAAAUCUAAAGCCGCAAUUCCUGAUUUAAGUCGAGUGAUUGAGCUGAAACCAGACUUCACAUCAGCAAGAUUACAAAGAGGACAGCUUUUCCUGAAACAAGGAAAAUUGGAUGAAGCAGAAGAUGACUUUAGAAAAGUGCUCAAAUCUAAUCCAAGCGAUAAAGAAGAGAAGGAGGCUUCCUCUCAGUUGGCAAAGUCUGAUGAAAUUCAGCGCGUGCGUUCGCAAGGAGAAGCUGCCUAUGACCGAGAGGAUUACGUCACUGCAGAAAGCUUAUUUAACAUUGUUCUUGAGACGUGUGUGUGGGAUGCAGAGGUUCGAGAACUGCGAGCUGAGUGCUACAUCAAUCAGGGGGAGCCUGCAAAAGCCAUCACUGACCUGAAAUCUGCCUCUAAACUAAAGAGUGAUAACACUGGAGCCUUUUACAAAGUCAGCCUUAUAUACUAUGAGCUGGGGGACCAUGAAAUGUCACUUAGUGAAAUUCGGGAAUGUUUGAAACUUGAUCCGGAUCACAAAAAUUGCUUUGCACACUACAAGCAAGUCAAGAAGCUAAAUAAACAGAUCCAGGCAGCUGAAGAACUCAUAAAAGAAGGAAGGUAUGAAGAUGCCAUCAGUAAAUAUGGAACAGUGCUGAAAACCGAACCGGAUGUUCCCUUUUAUUCUGCUCUAGUUCAGGAACGUAGGUGUCACUGUUAUUCAAAAAAUCAGCAGUCCAAUGAAGCCAUUCGAGAGUGUACAGAAUUCCUGCAAAAGGAGCCUGAGAAUAUACAUGCUAUUAAGGACAGGGCUGAAGCUUAUAUACAAGAAGAAAUGUAUGAAGAAGCUAUUCGGGACUAUGAAACUGCCCAGCAUCACAGUGAUAAUGACAAAGAGAUCAGAGAGGGCCUAGAGAAAGCACAGAGGCUUCUGAAGCAGUCUCUAAAAAAGGACUACUACAAGAUCUUGGGAGUAAAAAGGAAUGCCAAAAAGCAGGAAAUCAUAAAAGCUUACAGAAAGCUGGCACAGCAGUGGCAUCCGGAUAACUUCCAAGAUGAGGAGGAGAAAAAGAAAGCAGAGAAAAAAUUCAUUGACAUUGCGUCUGCUAAAGAAGUCUUAACAGAUCCAGAAAAAAGGAGUCGGUUUGAUGCAGGUGAAGAUCCAUUAGACCCAGAAAGCCAGCAAGGUGGAGGAGGUGGUCACUUCCAUCGUGGAUGGAACCAGUGGCAAGGAUUCAAUCCAUUUGGCUCAGGAGGGCCAUUCGGUUUUAAAUUCAACUACAACUAGAGACUACAUUGGUGAUACGGAUCUGCGCCUUGCUAGGAGAGAAUGCAGGAUUUGCUGCAGUGCUGUACUCUGGGAGAUGGCUUGGAGUGUCUGCUGUGCAGGCUUCCAGCCCAGUGCAGUAAAUCGCUUUCAAAGACUUAUUUGCAUAUCCAGGAUGGGGGGGGGGGGGGGGACAAAAUGAUUCAUCAGACUGUUGGAGACGGAUUUAAAUUAGAGUUUACCUGUUUUUAUUUUUUUGAGCAUUUAAAAUGGCAGUGAGGAAAAUACUAAGGCAGCCAUCCUUGCUUUAGUAAUAUUAUCACACGGAAGUAUUGCUGGAUGUUCAAACCUUCGAAGAUUUAUCCAGAAACCAAAUUGUAUUCAAGUGACCAGUGCCAAGAGUUCAUGCCUCCAACUGUGACACUCGGAAGUUUAAACCCAAAUUAAAGACUUCUAAUAGGAGCGGAGGAUGUUUGCAUUUUUUUUCUAAUUAUAAUAAUAUUUUUGCAGCC